UACACAGUGGAAGACAUUUUUCCGGAUUUUAUCAAUACAUCCAACCUGGCAGUUAGAUAUACAAGAAGAUGAGGACACGAAAUCUGAUCUUUUGCUGACGUGUUUACUUAUGUAUUUAAAUUAUACAAAAACACGGUGUUUGCGAAUGCAUACCGCAGGAACGAGAACAUAGGAAGGCUGGAGUUGAGUUACAGUAUAACCGAACUCUAAAGCUAGCGGUGUAACGUUAUGUAUAGUCUAAUCUGCAUGGAAUUGCAUUCAGGGAUGCCUUAAACGCAUAAUUUCAGCUGUUUAUACGGUGUUGUUUUAUAUCUGGUGCAUAUUGUUGUGCAUGUGCAGAAUACUGUGAAUCAGGCCUUUCUAGCGAGCGGUGUCAGAUGUAACGCUAAUGGUCUAAUAGCUUAUUAGUACUUCGUUGCUAAUGGUAGUAGAUUUGUUUACAUGUCCAAUUUCGGGUUGGCUUUGUGUGUUUGUCACUGUGUGUUUAGAAGAAAUCGCUAUCGCGUUGUUGAACUGAAGCUAACGCACGACUGUUGCUCCACCAGAUACAUGCAUGCUACUUUAGCGAGGUUAUAGAUCACAUACAGCCGAACGGACUAUUCAGAAGUGUAUUUAUCACACGAGCACGACGGUGGAUCUGCGGAGAUGAUCGUGACUGAUUAAAAAUGCGUUAUCGAGUGCUGUAGGAUCAGGCGGAGAACGGAAAGCUCAUGGCUGUGCGCCGCUAACGCGCGUCAGAGGCCACGUCGCCUGUGUGUGUUGAUGUGUUUGAUCUACCGACAGUGGCGUUGCAUUAAUGCAAACAAGGAAAAGCUUGAAGUCGCCAACUGUGCGGAAGGGAUCCGGUGGAGUCGUCAAGUAACGUUAGUUGUGUGACCAACUUCAGGACACGUUGCUGUACGUUAAGCCGAAUGCGGAAGACCACAAAUCUAUCAAGAUAGAUAACUUAGCAGAGAAGUGGCCACAUCAAUAGUUGUUUGUUUGUUUUUGCGAGGGAUCGUGAUCUGUGCGUCUGUUCGAUUACACGAUGAUCGGCUUCAGCGCGAAUCGACGUGGAGGUCGCCUCCCGUCCUUCAUUCUGAUUGCGUUAUUGGUGAUAAUCGUUAUUCUGUCGUUUAACUACUGGAGUGUGUCCACUAAGCACGGGCGGCUGCUGGACGAACUGGCCGAGAUGCAGACGCAGGUGAAGCGCACGGACGCGGCGCGCUCGCGCCUGGAGAAGAGAAACUCUGAGCUGAUGAUGCAGGUGGACACGCACCGGAAACAGAUCGAUCAAAAGGACGGAGACUACAGCGUGCUGGAGAGCAAACUACAGGCCAGGGAUGCGCUGUUCAAAGCCUGCUCCGAUGAAAAGAAUAAGAUGCAAAAUGAUAUCAGCACCCAGAUGUCAGAGAUUCACAGAUUGGAAGAGCAAGUGAAGGAAUUGAGGCAGGAGGUCAUCCGACAGGAAGACCAACUGAGGGAAGUGCGGAAAAACAGCACCAAUUUGGAAAAGAAGCUAGAGUACGAGAGCUUGCAGUGUGGCCGACAAAUAGCUGAGCUGAAGGCAGAAUAUGAAGAGAGCAAGAAAAGUGUAGAAGAAAAGGCAGCAAAACUCAGACAGAGUUUAUUAGAGAAUCAUAAAGUGGACACAGGGGGUCAGAAGCUGGAGGCGGAUCUAGUUCAACCCAUCAAAAGAAAAGAGGUGGACACUCCAGAGCGCCACACAGUGGCUGCACAGCAAAAUGAGGGUCCAGGUCUUAAAGAUGAUAUUGGUAAACCUGGUAGCGAUGCUGGCAUGCCUGGCAUUGAGGACAGUGAAAUAGGCAAGAUAGAAGAUGCACAGUUUGCGCUAAAGAAGCCGGCCAUCACGCCGCAGAAGCACAUGGAGCCCGCAGAAGCUGUGGCAUUGCUGAAGGAGGACAGGGCAGGGUUUGGAGCUGGAGCUGGUGCCAGACUAGGGGAUGAUUUGGCCCGCGGGCAACCGUUGGACCGACCAGCCAUGCCCCAUGAUGAAAACCUGCAUUUGGGGAACAACGAUGUACCUGUGCAGCAGCAGGUUCCAAAGCCGAUGGAAGACAAACCUCUGCUGUUUGACAAAGAUAAUAAGGCAGGCAUAAAGGCAGAUGAGUUUGGGGAGCAGCGCAGACAGCUGGGAGCUGAGGGUUUAAAGGCAGAGGGAGUUGGACUUCAUCCUCCUCCUAACCCGGCUCAGGUCCUUCCCAAACCCAUCGACCCACACAAUGGCAGAGAUCAUGUGCCCGCUGACCUUCCACGUCACCGUCAGAGCCGUUUCUUUGAUGAAAAUGAGUCCCCUGUAGAUCCGCAACACGGCAAUAAGCUGGCGGACUAUAACGGGGAUGAUGGCAACGUGGGUGAGUAUGAGGCGGACAAGCAGGCCGAGCUGGCCUACAAUGAGGAAGAGGAUGGUGAUGGUGGGGAGGAAGACGUCCAAGACGAUGAAGAUCGGGAGGCUCCAGGUGAAAGGGUUGUGGAUUAUGGAAAGCGACAUCAAGCCAUUGAUGUCCUGUAGUUCAUUCCCUAACAAAUCCUUUGUUGAGCUUUAUAUGUUUCUGACAAUGAAGUAGCCAAGCCAGGAAAAGGAACUUUGGAUUUCACCUGCAAUUUUGGUAUAAUGGAGACAUUCAGACUAUUCAAACUAUUUUAGUGUCUUCAGAGAGGAACGAGUUUCAGCGGUUACAGCUGUGAAAUCAGUGACUGCAGAUUAGUUUUUUAUUCAACUUAAAUAUGACCGUGAUUUCAUAAUCCGCUGCAAAUGUUUGCUUGCACAUGACCUGAUUUGAGAGUAUUGUUUUCAGGUUGUUCUUUUUGCCCCCAUCUGUAGCACAGGUGUACCAGAAUUGGAAUUUGGAACUAUUAUGUUGUACAAAUGCCCUUUUUUUUUUUCCUUUUUCUUUUUUUUGAUAAUAAAAUAACUUCUCCAGGGAUUGGAGGACACUACUGUGAUUGGAUAAUACGGGAGUAAUAUUUCUCUGUUAGAUUCACAAAGUGGAACAUAUUGAUACUACUGGUGAAAAGGACCUCUACAAACACCAGUUUUCCUUUUUUUUUUUUUUUUUAAAGAACUGCUGAAAAGCAUAAUCUCCCUUUCUUUUUGGACAACUGUUGCUGACGUGUAAACUAUGGGAAGAUGCAAUUAAGUUGCUGUUCAACUUUUUAACCUGUCUGGUACAUAAUGACACUGAAUGGCCAGAGUUUUUUUUUUUUUUUUUGGAGUAACUACUGUUUCUAAUUCUGAAGGAGCACUUAGAAGUGCACGCGGAGUCUUGUAAGGACAUUGUUGCAUGCCAAAGGCAGCCUUUGUAAAUCAGCCUGUAGAUCAUCAAGAAAAUGAGAAAAAGAAAAAAAGCAAUACUUGGUGCCACAGACUAAACUCAUCACAACUGUUGGCCUGCUUCCUUUCUUACUGGUAGCUGUGGAUGUACAGUACAUAUAAGGAGGAAUCUGUGUGAGAAGGAAUGCUGUAAAAUUGCUCAACUCAAAUGAAAAUAAUGAUUAUAGACCUACCUGUUUGUGUUUGUUUCAUAAUCAAUCAAAAUUUGGUAGGGUUGGCAUACUGAAUGUACUCCUAUAGCUUGUGAUUGUUUUUGAGAUCUGUCACAUGGGUGUUUAGGCUCCUCUACACAGCUGUGCAGUGCAAACCAAGGAUCAUGAUUAACAAAUUGCUCCAGAUUUCAAAUAAAUGGGUGCUGUUUUGGGAAAAAACUACAAAUCCUAUCACUGUGACUGAAGUAUGGGAAGUAGGAGCAUCAAGAAGCGCACCCAGAAAUCUUCAUUAAUUUGUCCCAGGCUGCUUUACAAACAAAAAUGACUACAUUAUGGUAACAAUAAAAAAAAAUUCUGUAUAAA